UAAGAAUAUAGACAAUAAUGCAACACGUUGAGUAAACAAAGACGCGAUAAGAUUUGGAGCUUUUUAUUCAGAGAGUCGAUUUAGAUAGUCUCUUUUCCAUUAUUCCUCUUGCUUUUGGUUUCUUUGCCACCUCGAUUUUUCUUCUGGUUGUUUUCAAUGGCCUUGGUCGCUCGAAGAUCUGAUCCGAAGGAAGAGAUGCAUUCGAUGGACUGGUUCUCUCGAAGAUCUGAUGCAUUCAAUUGGUUUCCGAUGCAUCAGCCUUCAUCAGUUGUUGAGUGGGAGUAUGACGUGUAUUUGAGUUUCAGGGCUGUAGAUACUCAAUGGGGUUUUACAUUGCAUUUAUACGAUUGGCUGCAAAAGGGAGGAAUCACAACAUUCAUGGAUGAUUCAGAUUUUGAAGCAGGGGAUGUUAUUGCUCCCGCUCUCCUAAAGGCAAUUGAAGGAUCAAGUUUCGCAAUUGUUGUUCUGUCCAAAAAUUAUGCUUCUUCUGCUUGGUGUUUGGAUGAACUUACAGCGAUUUGUCAGUCCAUGGAGGAAAUUCUUCCAGUUUUUUAUAAGGUCAAGCCUAGUGAUGUAAGAAAUCAAAAGGGGAGUUUUCAAGAUGCUUUCGCCAAGCAUGAAAGCUCUGGGCGAUACGGAUCAGAGAAGGUGAAGCAGUGGAGAGAUGCUUUAACAAAAGUGGCCAAUUUGUCUGGGUGGGAUACACGGGAUUACGACACUGAGAAGGGACUUGUCCAAGACAUUGUGGAAUCUGUGUACAGUAAACUACAACCUGUUGUGGUAUCCCAGAGGCCUGACUUGACAAAAAUUCUAGGCACAUUGGCGGGGCGGAGUGGGUAUUCUACUGUCACUACUUGGGAAAAGGGUGAUUUUCUCGGCAACGGCUCUUUCGGGUCUGUGUAUGAAGGAAUUUAUAACGGAUGCUUCUUUGCUGUCAAGGAAGUUUCCUUGCUUGAUCAAGGAAGCCUGGGGAGGCAAAGAGUUUCUCAACUUGAACAGGAGAUUGCUCUUCUGAGUCAAUUUGAACAUGAGAACAUAGUUCAGUAUUAUGGCACAGAAAAGGAUGAAUCAAAGCUCUAUAUCUAUAUGGAACUUGUAACCAAAGGCUCCCUUCAAAAGCUAUAUCAGAUUCACCAUCUUACAGAUUCGCAUGUCUCUGUAUACACUAGACAGAUCUUGCAAGGUCUGAAGUAUCUUCACGACCGAAAAGUGAUUCACAGGGACAUUAGAUGUGCAAAUCUUUUGGUGCAUGCUAAUGGAUCUGUGAAGCUUGCAGACUUUGGAUUGUCAAAGACUAUCAAAAUGAAUGACAUAAAAUCUUGCCAAGGAACUGCAUACUGGAUGGCACCUGAGGUUGUUAAUCAUAAGAGUCAAGGUUAUGGCCUUCCAGCUGAUAUAUGGAGUCUUGGAUGUACUGUGUUGGAGAUGUUAACUGGGAUGGUUCCAUACUCUAAUCUCGAAUGGAUGCAGGCAUUAUGGAAAAUUGGAAAGGGGGACCCCCCUCUGGUUCCUGAUUCUCUUUCAAGAGAGGCACAACAUUUCAUCCAUCUAUGCUUAAAAGUUAAGCCAGAUGAUCGUCCCACUGCUGCUCAGCUUUUAGAACAUCCAUUUGUAAAUAAGCCCCUUCCUCCCACGUCUUCUGGAUUAGUAUCUCCUUACAAUCACUACGGGCACCGUUAUGCCUCGGUUCCUCGAAAAACUGCUGCAUCUCUUCCUUCAUCAGUUGAAUCAUCAUCAUCGUCAGCUCGUCCGUGGAUCUAUGAUGUGUUUUUGAGUUGCAGAGGUGAAGAUGCUGUAAGGGGUUUUACAUUACAUUUAUACGAUCGGCUGCAAAAGAGAGGAAUCACAACAUUCAUGGAUGAUCUAGAUCUUCAAGUAGGGGAUGAUGUUUCUCCCACUCUCCUAGAGGCAAUUGAAGGAUCAAGGUUCACAAUUGUUGUUCUGUCUCAAAAUUAUGCUUAUUCUGCUUGGUGUUUGGAUGAACUUACAAAGAUUUGUGAGUUCAUGGAGAGCGCCUACAGAAUUCUUCCAGUUUUUUAUGAUGUCGACCCUAAUGAUGUAAGAAAUCAAAAGGGGAGUUUUCAAGAUGCUUUCACCAAGCAUGAAAGGUCUGGCCGAUACGAACCAAAGAAGGUCCAGCUGUGGAGAGAUGCUUUAAGAAGAACGGCCAAUUUGACCGGGUGGGAUACAAGGAAUUACAUCACUGAGAGUAAAUGUGUCGAAGACAUUGUGGAAUAUGUGUGGAGGAAAGUACAAUCUGUUUUGGAAGUCAAAAAAGUACAACCUAUUGAAAUCACUACGGGAGGUUUUGAAGUAUUUGAAGCAACAAGAAAAGCCAUGGAUGAGGUUAUGGAGGUGCUAAAAGAUGACGAGGUCACUGCCAUUGGUGUCUACGGCAUGGGAGGUGUCGGCAAGACAACCUUGGUAAAACAUAUUGCUGAACAAUCCUGCAAAAAUGGGACUUUUAAUCAUGUGAUUAUGGCUGUUGUAUCCCAACGCCCCAACUUCCAAAGAAUUCAACACACAUUGAUAGAGCUGUUGGGCAUUAAAUUGGAGGAAUCAGAAUUUGGAAGAGCUGCUACAUUGCAUAAGGACAUGUUGAGAAGAGAAAAACUCCUUAUUAUCUUGGACGAUGUUUGGGAGAGCAUAGAGUUGUCAAAGAUAGGGAUUCCCAGCUACAUGGAGCUUCAAAAGUGCAAGUCCAAAGUUCUACUCACUACAAGGAUGAUGAAUAUCUGUCAUGUCAUGAGAUGCCAAAGCAUGAUCAACCUCAGUAUCCUAUCAAAAGAUGAUUCUUGGACCUUGUUUGUGAGAAAUGCAGGGAGGUCUUUUGAAUCGACCACUUUCGAGGGUGUGGCAAAGAAUGUAGCUGGAGAAUGUGCUGGUCUGCCAAUUGCAUUGAGAGCAGUUGCAAGGGCACUCGGAGAUAAGAAUCUGCAGGAAUGGGAAAAAGCAGCUCAACAACUACAGAAGUCGCAAUCUGCCAACUCUUUACAUGAAGAUGAUGCAUUCAGAUGUAUAAAAUUAAGCUAUGAUUACUUGAAAGAUGAAGAUUCCAAGUCAUGCUUCUUGCUUUGUUGCCUAUUUCCUGAAGGCUAUGACAUCCCAACCGGAGACUUGUUCAAGUAUGCAACUGGGAAAGGAUUGUUUCGAGAUGCUGACACAAUCGAAGAAGCCAGAGGAACAGCAGAUUCAGUGGUCAUGUACCUGAAAGAUUCUAGCUUGCUUUUGGAAAGUGAAAAAAAUGGAUGCGUAAGGAUGCAUGAUGUCAUCCGGGCUACAGCCAUCAUGAUUGCAAAUUCUGAAGAUGGGCAUGGAUUUUUGGUAAUAGCUGGCUGUGGUUUAAAAGAGUGGCCACGUCAAGGGCAUGAAGGCUACUCUGCAAUCUCAUUAAUGAAAAAUGAUAUCCAGAAGCUACCCGGAGAGCUGGUAUGUCCAAAACUCCAGAUUUUAUUACUACAGCAGAAUGCUGAUUUAAAUGAGAUCCCAGAAACUUUUUUCCAAAGUCCUAAUGAAUUAAGGGUCUUAGAUCUUAGCCUCACCAACAUUACUGCACUUCCUCAAUCAUUCAGUCUCCUAAUGAACCUCCAAGCUUUAUAUCUAGAUUUUUGCCAGAGACUGAUUGACUUUUCUGUACUCGGAAAACUAAAGAAGCUUGAGAUUCUUAGUUUGAGAGGAAAUGUUUUGAAAGAAUUGUCGAGAGAAAUAGGGAAUCUGAUCAAUCUAAGGAUGCUGGACAUUACUGACGGAAUUAUUAGCAAAAUUCCAUCGAAAGUGAUAUCACAGUUGCAUAGAUUAGAAGAACUGUACAUGCCAUUUCGAUUUGGGAAUUGGGUCAGGAAGGUUGAAGGAGAAGGAGAAGAAACUGAUAUUGGCUUUGGUGAGGUAACUGGCUUAUCAUGUCUAAAUAUUUUGAAGGUUUCCCUAUCUGCAAAAUGCAUACCUGAAAAGCUUAUGUUUCGUCCCAAUUGGUUGUUCUUUGAUAUUUGUAUUAGAGGAGACACAAGCAGCAGAGACAUUACGAGAGACAUAAGUAAUCAAGGCUCUCAACACAGUCAUAAAGAUUCAAGAUCCUUGAGUCUUGACACAAGAAUUAGUGCCUUACCAGCUUGGUUUGUCCGUGAGGUAACAGUCAAAACAGAGAAGCUACUGUAUGUAAAGUGCAAAUGGUUGAAUAACAUUCUUGUUGAAUAUCACCAUGGGAGGUUACAUAUGCUGAAACAUCUCUCUGUUAUUGGUCCCAGUGAGAGCUUGGAAGAGCUGAUGAAUGCUAUAACAUGGGUUCCAGUUAAACCCGUGUUCGAGAACUUGGAAGAGUUGCAUUUGGAGUGUGUGACUUCUUUGAAAGAGUUAUGUGUUGGAAAAUUACCACCUGGGUCUCUAUACAAUCUGAAGUUAUUGAAGGUCCAUUAUUGUCCUAACUUGGGGAAUAUUCUUUUACCGUCAAAAUUGUUACAUAGAUUGCCAAAUCUGGAGAACAUAAUCUGUAGGGAUAUGUCUAGACUGGAACAUGUGUUUGGAUGUCAAGGGUUUGAGCCAGAGCAAUCAAAACUGAGAGAGAUGACCUUUAUCAAUCUACCUGCUAUAAGAAACAUAUGUAACGGUCCAGCUCCACGUGCAAUGUUCCAAGCUCUUAAAAGUUUGUUCAUUUAUCAUUGCAACUUUCUAGGAUGUCUCUUCUCGUUUGAUACUGCUCAAGUUCUUUUUCAAUUGGAAGACCUUUUUGUAGACAGUUGCCCUUUAUUGGAAAGACUAAUUGAAGUACGCACGGAAAGAGUGAACAACAAGAAGAUCAUUCUUCCAAAAUUGAAGAACUUGGGUUUAGAGAAACUUCCUAUAUUGUACAGUGGAGGUGCUACUAUUGAUAUCGAUUGUCCUUCCUUGGAACACUUGUAUGUGAAGGAGUGCCCCCAGUUUACAGCCUCUGCUUCUGACUUCCAGAGCAAGAACCAAGUCCAAGUCAACGAUAAAUUACAUUACUUUGGUCUACUUGGCAGAAGGACUGAAAGACAACACAUUGAAGCCAUUGCAGAAUCUGUGUUCAGUACAUUACGACCUAUUGAAACUGAGUUUACAAUGCCCAUGGGAGAUUUUCAAGCAUUUGAAGCAACAAGACAGGCCAUGAAUAAGGUUAUGAAGGCACUAGAAGCUGAUGAGGUCACAGCCAUUGGGGUCUACGGAAUGGGAGGAGUUGGAAAAUCAACCAUGGUUGAACGUGUUUGUGCAGAAGUUCGGGAUAAUGGGAUGUUUCAUCAGGUGAUUUCGGCUGUUGUAUCCCAAAACCCUGACUUGAGAAAAAUUCAAGGCACAUUGGCAGAUAUGUUGGGCUUUAUAUUUGAGGAGGAAACAGAAAUUGGAAGAGCUCGUAGAUUGAUGCAGAGGAUAAGGAGAGGAAAUAGGAUCCUUGUAAUCUUGGACAACAUUUGGGAGAGAAUAGAUUUGUUAAACAUAGGAAUUCCCAGCUACUACGAGCUUCAAAGAUGCAAUUCCAAAGUCCUACUCAUCACAAGGACAGAAAAUGUCUGUCAUGCCAUGGAGUGCCAAUCAAACAUUUCUCUUGAUGUCUUAUCAGAAGAAGAUUCUUGGACCUUAUUUGUGAACAAAGCAAGAAUGUCUUUUGAAUCGACCAAUUUGUGUGAUGUUGCAAAGAAGGUAGCUAGAGCAUGUGCUGGUCUUCCAGUUGCGUUGAUAGCAGUUGCGAAGGCACUUGGUGAUAAGUGUUUGGAUGACUGGAAGGAAGCGGCUAGACGACUAGAGGCUUCGCAACCUGCCAACCUUGAAGAUGGGAAAGUUGUCUUCAAUUGUAUAAAAUUAAGCUAUGAUUUCUUGAUAUCUGAUGAUGCCAGGUCAUUCUUCUUGCUUUGUUGCCUCUUCCCAGAAGACUAUGAUAUCCAAAUUGAAGAGUUGUUAAAGUAUGGGAUGGGGAAAGGAUUGUUUCAAGAUUCCUGCACAAUGCAAGAUGCCAGAGUAACUGCACAUUUGGUGGUCAAGUACCUUAAAGAUUGUAGCUUGCUUUUGGAAACUGAACAGGACGGAUGUGUAAAGAUGCAUGAUGUCAUUCGGGAUGUGGCCAUAAGGAUUUCGUGGUCUGAGGAUGGCCCACUGUUUUUUGUACAAGCUGGUUGUCAAUUAAAGGAAUGGCCAAGUAUUAGUGCACAUGAAGGCUACUCUGCUAUUUCACUAAUUAUGAGUAAAAUUUGCAUGCUUCCUGAAGAGUUGGUAUGUCCGAAACUCCUUAUUUUGUUUUUGCAAAGUAAUGUUUGGUUGAAUGAGAUCCCAGAAUAUUUCUUUCAAAGUCUGAAUGUGUUGAGGGUAUUAGAUCUAAGCCGAACCAGAAUUUCUUUUCUACCCACAUCAUUCAAUACCUUGAUCAACCUCCAGACCUUGUAUCUAGAUGGUUGCUUGUCAACCAUAGAAAACAUAUCCAUACUCGGAAAAUUGAAAAAACUUGAGAUUCUUAGUAUGAGAGAACUUCCUCUUGUGGAACUGCCAAAAGAAAUCGGAGAUUUGAGCCAUCUAAGGAUGUUAGACAUCACUGGUGAUUAUGUUGAUAAUGUUCCAUCUGAAGUGAUAUGCAACCUUAAUUUGUUAGAGGAACUAUACAUGCAGUGUAAUUUUGCAGACUGGGGGAGUAAAGUUGAGGGAGCAGGAGAAGAAAAUAUUGUUGCGUUUGAUGAGUUAACUGGCUUGUCAUGUCUAAAUGUUUUGAAGGUUUUCAUAUCUGAUGCUAAAUGUUUGCCUAAAGAUGUGGAGGUUGAACCAAAUUGGGUAAACUUUGAUAUUUGUAUCAGCAGAGACCCAUCCAUCAGAAAAGUGUCCUUGGUUUCAAGUUCUUCACCCGCUUUUACAAGAGCCUUGACUCUUGAUACAACCAUCAAUGCCUUACCAGGUUGGUUUAUCAAUGCGGUGACAAUGAAAGCAGAGAAACUGCAGUACAUAAUGUGUUGGGGAUUAGAUAACAUUCUUGUGGAAUAUGACUCUGGGAGAUUACAUGCACUGAAGUAUUUAUCUGUUAUUGGGCCCAAUGAGAACUUGAAAAUAUUGAUGAACACAGUAACACGCUUUUGGAAUGAACCAGUGUUUCAGAACUUGGAAGAGUUGCAUCUCGUUCAAGUGGAUUGCCUGAAGGAGUUAUGUGCUGGUGAAUUGCCACCUGGGUCUCUAUGCAAUCUCAGGUUACUGAAGGUGAAACAUUGCUAUGAAUUGGUGGAUGCACUCCUACCGUCACAGUUGCUGCAGAGAUUACAAAAUCUGGAAGAACUGAUUUGUGAAGAGAUAGAUGAAUUGGAAUAUGUUUUUGGAUGUGAAGGGCUUGAGCCAGAACAAAUGAUAUUGACACAAUUGAUGGAAAUGAGAUUGGAGAAUCUAGGGAAACUAAUAAAGAUAUGGAAUGGUCCUGCUCCUUGUGCAAUCUUCCAGAAUCUUCAGAGUUUGGUAGUUUCCAGGUGCUUUGAACUGGAAAAUCUCUUCACAGCUGAUGUAGCUCAACGUCUUUUGCACUUGGAAGAUCUUUCAGUGGAGCUUUGCCCAAUGUUGGACAACAUUAUUGAAGCAAGUAAGGACACAGUGGAUAACAAGAUUGUUUUUCCAGAACUGAAGAACUUAACUUUGAUAAAGCUUCCACAACUCACAAGGUUCUGCGGCAGUACAGGCAGUGCUAUUAAGUGCCCUUUACUGGAAUACUUGUAUGUGGAGAGGUGCCCCCAGUUUUCAACACCUGACUUCCAUAGCAGGAACAAAGUCGAACCCAAAUAUCCACAACGUUUGGACAUUGUAUUGAGAAGGGCCAGAGCAGAGAAAAGAAGAAAAAUCAAAUUCACUGAGGUCGUCCAAGAAGACAGUAAGUAGCUGCUUGAGGAGGAGGAGAGAGUUAGGACCCCAUGGUCCUGCUGAAGACAAUUUAGAGGGAAUCAGCAAUACUCCUGAAAUAUGCAUGUAAUGACAAAAGUGAACUUGGGCUCUGCAACCAAGAAGUACGGCACCAACUGGCAUGGUGUUAGACAUGCCCUUUUUGGCUGUAUGUGGGUACAGAAUAAGUGUAAUUUUUCCCCUCGGUUUUUUACAUAUGCUUUGUUAAUGAUUCAAUCAUGAGGACAAUAACUUGGACCAAUAACUGUUUUAUUUUUUUUGGGAUCUUUUUGCCCUUUGCAGACAUGUCAUGUGAAUUAGUAUUAUUAUUUUCUAAAAUUAUUUCAUAUA